AUGACCACCGGAAACCUAGACGGUCGCCGUAAGAGGAAGUGUUUGGUUUGUAUAGCCGCCGGAGUCAUAAUACAAACCCUAAUCAUAGUUCUCUUUGUGGUUCUCAUUAUGCGUAUCAGAACUCCCAAAGUUCGUCUGUCCUCAGUCUCUGUCGAGUCCAUCAACAUAAACCCUUCUUCUAAAUCUGCUUCGUUUAGGAUCAAAGUCAACGCCGAAGUCAAGGUGAGGAACACCAACUUCGGCCACUACAAGUUCGAAAACAGUACGGCUACGAUCUUAUAUAGAGGGGCUGAGGUUGGGAAGACCAGCUUAGUCAAAACCCGCGUCAGAGCUCGAUCGACCAAGAGGUUCAACGUUACGAUGUCGUUUAACUCCAACAAGGUCUCGUCCGAUUCUAAUCUGGGUAGUGAUAUCAGUUCAAAGAACUUGAGUUUCAGUGCCUAUGCCAAGUUGGAAGGAAAGGUACACCUGUUUAAGAUUUUCAAGAAGAAGAGGUCUGCAACAAUGAAUUGUACCUUUGUGGUCAACACAUCUUCGAAAACGGUCAAUGAUCUGUUGUGCAAGUAA